UGCUGUCGACCUUUUACCCCUGGACUUCUGGGUUCAGUCGUAUUGAUAGAUUGAGAUAAAACAUUGUUCAACUUUGUUUUAGUUUAGAGGUGGAUUUAGUAUAUUUAAUUCUGUCGAAAUGGCUUCAGUACGAGUAUUUUCGAGAUUUGCUGCAAAACAGGUCUCAAAUGUACGGUGCAAUAGUACAACUUAUGCAGCAACUAGACCAAAUUUGAAACUAACCAGCCAAACAAAAGUGAUUUGUCAAGGUUUUACUGGAAAACAAGGAACUUUCCACAGCAAACAAGCAAUUGAGUAUGGCACUAACAUGGUGGGAGGUGUGUCCCCUGGAAAAGGAGGAAAAACUCAUUUAGAUAAACCCGUUUUUAACUCUGUCAAAGAAGCUAGAGAUGCUACAGGGGCAGAAGCCACUGUAAUAUACGUGCCUCCGCCUGGUGCUGCUAAGGCCAUUAUGGAGGCCAUUGACGCAGAAAUGCCGCUGAUUGUCUGCAUCACAGAAGGCAUCCCUCAGCAGGACAUGGUCAAGGUCAAGCACAGACUCGUUAGACAAAACAAAUCCCGCCUGAUUGGACCCAACUGUCCUGGCAUCAUUGCUCCUGAACAGUGCAAGAUAGGAAUUAUGCCUGGCCACAUUCACCAGAAGGGCAGGAUUGGCAUUGUGUCUCGAUCUGGCACUCUAACUUAUGAGGCUGUCCAUCAAACUACUCAGGUGGGUUUGGGCCAAACUUUGUGUGUUGGCAUUGGUGGUGAUCCGUUCAAUGGAACUGACUUCAUUGACUGUCUGGAAGUAUUCUUGAAUGACCCCGACACCAAGGGCAUCAUCCUCAUUGGGGAAAUCGGAGGUGUAGCUGAAGAAAAUGCAGCAGAGUACUUGAUGAAACACAACUCUGGUCCUAAGGCCAAACCUGUGGUAUCGUUCAUUGCUGGUCUGACAGCUCCCCCGGGACGUAGGAUGGGCCAUGCUGGGGCUAUCAUCUCUGGUGGCAAGGGAGGCGCCCAGGACAAGAUAAAUGCCCUUGAAAAGGCUGGAGUGAUUGUGACUCGAAGUCCAGCCCAGAUGGGCAAUGAGCUGCUUAAGGAAAUGCGACGGAAAGACCUUGCAUAACAACGCUGACCACAACCUGGCCUUAGCUGAAUAUAGAUGUUGAAAUUGAUGCUACAAUUGGUUAAAUAAAUUAAGACGACAUGAUAAUGCAAAGUUAUUUAUUUUAGCUGUCAUAUAUAAAAACAUCUUAAUUUUAUAAUCCUAUGUAAUAAAUAUAUAAUGUAUUAUUUUUUAGUAAACUGCUGAUUUUGCAUACAUAUACAUGUGUAAUCAGUAGUUACUCGUAUUUAUAAUUGUUGAGUCUAUCUUUGUUUAGGACGUUAUUUGAAUAAAAUGUUACCACUUUCUUCUAUGAUAA